AUGGCUGGGCUAAAGCAGCAGCAGCAGCAAUACCAACAACAACAACAUCAUGGCCUUCUCAGCCUUUGGUUGCUUUUGAUUUGUUUCCGCUUUGCCAUCAUAGUGGGUGAUAUAAAUUGCAAGGCCUUUAAGAAAAAUGCCAGUCUUCUAUCCUUAUCCUGUUGUGAAUUGACCCAUCCCAGCUUGGACAAAGGAAACGCUGAGUGCAGAGCAACUCUGAAUUUACCUCAUGGAAGACAAUUCACGUUUGCCGAACUCUACACCAUCAACAUGUGCAUUGAGGAAUGCAAUUAUGUUGGCUCUGGUUAUAUCGAUGCCGAUCCACCGUAUAGACUGGACAUGGCAAAUAUCCAAACAAAUCUUGACAAGUUUAUGCCGGAACCCAAAGAUAAUGCUACAACAUUUAUGAUGGAUGCCUAUAAGAAAUGUGAGAUAUUUCGCAUGAGGCACUCUUCACGCUAUACACUUCAUCUGCCGGAUAUUGAAUUCAUCGAAGAGCAAUGCAAUCCCUUUGCCUUACAGAUAACCAUCUGUGUGCGUAUCCUUGCCAUGCAGAGAUGUCCCCUACAGUUCCAGGUGAACACUGACAAUUGUAAAAUGGCCAGAAGCUAUUUUUUGCAAUGCGUGGUCGAUGUUGAAUCGAAUGUUUAA